AUGCCGCAGCUGCCACCCUUCCUCAAGGAAGCAAAGACCAAGAAGAAAACGGCACAGCGAGCCCCCGAAUCCGCCGAUGAAUACCUUGCAGUCGGUGUGGAACAGGAGGAAGCUGGAGAGAAAUGGCGGGCUGGGGAUGCUGCCAAAUCGCUACGCUUCUUCAAGCGCGCCAUCAGUACCUAUGACGAAGGCUUGAGUAAGCAUCCAGGUGCAUUUGACUUGGCCUACAACAAAGCUCGAGUUCAGUAUGAAGUCACACAACAUCCAAAAUUAAAAGCUCAAUUGUCCGCCCCAUUGGGUGAUGUCCUGCAUGAGGCACUAGAGUCCCAUAGGUUGGCGCUAGCUCUAGAGCAGGAUAGCUCAGACGCACUCUUCAACACAGGCCAGGUGCUUACAAGCAUCGCUGAGAUCUUAACCGAUUCUAAGCACCCAUCCGACGAGCGCCUUUCGCGAGCCGUGAAGCUUCUGCAGGAAGCAAUCGAGCUCUUUCAGCGCUGCUUGCUUCUUCAGGAAAUGAAGUACACAGAACUGCAGGAACAAAUCAAGCAAUUGGAAUCUGGUGAUGCCGGACAAUCGGAGGUGAUGACGCAAAGUACGAUCCAUUCUGAGCUAUCACCGGAAACCAAGUCAGACGAGCAAGAACAAUGGGCUGCCAUUAUAGAACCGGUGACCAAGGAUACGUUGGUCGACACGGCGAUAGCACAACUCGACACAUUGACAACCCUCUGCAACCUGCUCACUUUCAACCCAGGCGUUGGCUUAGGAUGGGUGGAGGAAUACUCUUCUGAUCUUCUGCAAAAGCGUAUUGCCACCUACGUUGAAGGAUCAAGCAGACAACAUGAAGCAGCGUUGGCCCGUGCCAAGUUCACCUGCGGGCUGAAUGAAUUGCUCUACCGGAGCGGUCAGAUAGAACCCGAAACAUAUUUUAAUCAGGUUUCGCAAGCUUUCGGUGCAGGAUUAGAUGUCUCAGCCGAUCCGGGUGGUCUCUGCAGCAAAGCAGAUGCGUUGACGUCCUUCAAUACCGCUCUCAUCGAUCUUCCUCCUUACGAGCCUGAGCUUUUCACAAAAGCGUUGUCAUUGCGUUGGCAGGCACUAUCUGCAGCCCUCGAUGCUCUCACAAAAGCAUCCAAGCAUCCCGAAGCAGAUGACUUGCCAAAAAUCCACCUGGCCAGGGGGGAUGUGGAGAUAGCUAGGUGGAGACUGGGCAUGCCUCCCUGGAAUCAUGCCAUGGCUCAGCAAUAUGCGGUCACACUGCUACGCAAUGCGCAAACCUACUACCGAGGAGCUGCAGCGCUGGCUAGGAGAGACGGGGUCGCAGAAGAAUUGCGGGACGGGUCGUGUAAAGAAGCCAUUGCAGCGGCAUUGGAAGGGCAGAAGGAGAAGCUGGAGCAGCUUAGGAGAGCUGCGCCAAAGGAAUUGAUGAUGGUAGCUGAAGACGUUGUCGGUGACGGAUGGAUGAGCCCCGGUGAUAUGGAGGUUCUCAUAUCACAAUCGUAGCGCUAUAUUCCUGAGCGAAGUGGAUAGCCUGCCUCUUCCGGAUUCC